AUGGCGCCGAGUCCACCUCGCCCUGCUGAGCCGAGUACUGCUCCACCCAUGGGCGCGAAUCAAGGCGGCCCGUCGUACGCAGACGCUGCAGGAUCCAGCAAUGCUGCAGAUCAACGUUCGCAGGACCCAUCUGGGCCUUCCUCGACGGCUCCCGCGAAGAAGAAGAAGCAUCGUGGCGGCAAGAAGCGGCGCAACCGCCGCCAGUCCUUCGCUGCCACGCAUGACAUGGGAGAAGACAUGAGCGACGAGCGCCCCAGUCUGGCCAAUGUCGCUGGCCACGGCCGCUCGAGAGGGAGCAGCAGCUUCUACCGCCAGCAUAGCAAUCUCAGCAGCACGAGCCUCGAGAGCGAGGCCUUGCUGGACCACCGCGACCAACCCACGAUCAGAACGCGCCGACCGAGCGUUCCCGUCACUUCCAUAUACCAACCGCGUGCCAGUCAAGCUUCCAUCAACUCUCCCCAGCGUCUGAAUGCACCAAACGCAUUGAAUGCCUUUGGUCGAUCGCGGCUGUCGCAUACGCCCGAGGUCACCUACAGCAAUGAUGAAGAGGACGAGGUCGAUGACCAGACCCCCUUGAUGGGUACUUCUCAGCGGGAUAUCAGGACAGGCACCAGCUAUGGCGGAACAAGUGCGCAUUCAGGCUCUGGCAGACAGCGAAGAGCAAGCAAGACAUCUACCUCGAGUGGCCAACGACAUCCCGAUUUGUUCACUCAGCAUCACCAUUCGCAAACCAAUCUCCAAGACUACGAUGUCAACAACCCGCCAUCUGUGCCCACUAGCCCAGCCUUCCAGGCCGCGCCUGGCUUCGACGAUGUCAUGAUCACCGAAGACCUCGAUCACAUGUCGGAGCCGGGAAGGACUACCAACAGGUCUCGCGAUGCGCUAAUCGACAUCGAUGAGCCCAGUCCGGGAGGCUCUCCCCCUGGCCCAGGUGAUUUCCGGCGCCGAAUGACGACCACGGCGCUUGAAGAUGUGUGCUUCCCACAUGAGACAAUGUCAGAGAUGGGCCACGAAGACUACCUUAACCCCCCGGCCACAGGAGAACCGACGAGUCGUAGGAGACGUCGUCGCUGGCCUGACCUGUCCAUCCUGGAGAAUUGGGCACGUGAAGAGAAAGAACAGCGGACUAUUGAGGGUAUGCGUAUGCGCAAAGUCAGUGAGCCGCUGAUGGUGGAAGGGCGAUUGCGUCCAAAGCAGCGCGUCUGGCAUCGGGAGGCCAGCGAUGCGCCGUUCCGUUUUACCUACUUCAACGAAACAUUCGACAACACGAUUCAUAGCCAGACUAUUAGCGAGCUUGUGCAGCCGGGGCAGACAUUUAGGACUCUCUUCGUCCCGGAUCCUCCUCUAGUAGAGGAUAGCAGCGACAGUGAGUCGGACGAUGAGGACUUUCAACACCUGGGCGCAAAUGGAUUCGGGCACUCCCGAGCGACAACUCGAUCGCCAUCGAAAGCAGAGGAUAAAUCUUCUGGCGAGCAGACCCGUUCAACCACUCCGCGCCCAGCAGGCACCGCAGCAGGCACACCUCAACCUGACCAAGAUAAGCCAAAGCGGUAUGGCCCGCGACCUGCCUGGUGGCUCGAUGUGAUGUCGCCCAGCGAAACGGAGAUGAAGGUCAUUGCCAAGACGUUUGGCAUCCACCCAUUGACAUCAGAGGAUAUUUUGAUGCAGGAGCAGCGUGAAAAGGUCGAGCUCUUCAAGCACUACUACUUCAUCAACUACCGAACGUUCGAACAGGAUGAGAACAGUGAAGACUACCUAGAACCCGUCAAUCUUUACGUUGUUGUGUUCCGAGAAGGUGUAAUCAGUUUUCAUUUCUCCAUGACACCACAUCCAGCGAAUGUACGCCGACGCAUCCGCCAACUCUCGGAUUAUUUGGUGUUGUCACCAGACUGGAUAUCGUACGCCAUCAUUGACGAUAUCACGGAUGCUUACGCUCCUAUGAUCCAGAGGAUCGAGGAAGAGGUCGACGACAUUGACGAAGCCAUAUUGCGACUUCAUUCCGAUGAAGAGGAACAGGAGGCUGAGAAGGCUGAAUUGAAUUCUGAAAAGAAGCCAGAAGCCAUGAAGGAUCAGCAAGAGAGUGGUAGAGACAUGUUGCGACGUGUCGGCGAGUGCAGAAAGAAGGUCAUGAGCCUGUACCGAUUGCUGGGCAACAAGGCCGACGUCAUCAAGGGUUUUGCGAAGAGGUGUAAUGAGCAAUGGGAUAUCGCACCUCGCAAUGAAAUUGGCAUGUAUCUGGGAGACAUACAGGAUCACAUUGUUACCAUGACAGGCAACCUGAGCCACUACGAGAAUCUACUUUCGCGGGCUCACAGCAAUUAUCUCGCCCAAAUCAACAUCCGCAUGAACGAGCGACAGGAGAAGACGUCGGAUAUCCUGGGCAAGCUCACGGUCCUUGGCACGAUUGUGCUGCCAAUGAACGUGGUCACGGGUAUCUGGGGAAUGAAUUGUCUCGUCCCUGGGCAAGAUAUCGAGAGCCUGACUUGGUUCUGGUGUAUCACUGGAGGCCUGAUCGGCUUCGGUGCUCUUUGCUACUUUAUCGCGAAGAGGGUGUACGGCAUCGUUUGA